AUCCCUUAACUGUAUGUAAAAUCUGUAAUCCAUGGCUAUUCAAACUCCAUUACUCAUAGUAGGCCCUUUCUCUUGCCAAGAGAUCACCAAAAAGAAUUCAAGAAAAGACACAUUUACACCAAUUGACCCUCUUGCUCUUGUACCCAAAUGCAAAUCUUUAAGAGACAUCAAGCAAAUUCAAGCCUUUUCUAUAAAAACCCAAAUGCAAAAUGAUAUCUUUUUUAUGAGUAAGCUCAUAAAUUUUUGCACAAAAAAUCCAACACCUGCAUUUAUGUACCAUGCUCACCUCCUAUUUGAUAAAAUUCCACAACCAGAUAUAGUCCUUUUUAACUUCUUGGCCCGUGGUUAUGCUCGUAGUGACACCCCAUUAAAUGCUUUUGUUCUGUUCUUGAAAAUUCUAACAUUGGGUGUUGUCCCUGAUUUUUAUACAUUUCCUUCUUUGUUGAAGGCUUGUGCAGGUGCUGAAGCUCUGGAAGAAGGUAAGCAGUUGCAUUGUCUUUUGAUUAAAUACGGCCUUAACGGUGAUAUGUAUGUUUGUCCUGCACUUAUGAAUAUGUACAUUGAGUGUAAGGACAAUAGUUCAGCUCGUUGUGUGUUUGAUAGAAUAGCUGACCCUUGUGUGGUAACAUAUAAUGCAAUCAUAAUGGGUUACGUGAGAAGCAGCGAGCCAAAUGAGGCUCUUUUGUUGUUUCGUAAAUUGCAAGUGAAAAAAAUUAAGCCUACUGAUGUUACAAUUCUAGGUGUUGUUUCAUCAUGUGCUUUAUUGGGAACGUUGGGAUUUGGAAAAUGGGUACAUGAAUACGUUAAGAAGAAUGGUUUUGAUCAAUAUGUUAAGGUGAGCACAGCACUUAUUGAUAUGUAUGCAAAGUGUGGGAGCUUGGCUGAUGCGAUUUCUGUUUUUGAGAGCAUGCCUUAUAGGGACACUCAAGCAUGGUCAGCAAUGAUCAUGGCUUAUGCUAUUCAUGGGCGUGCUCGUUGUGCAAUAACUUUGUUUCAAGAGAUGCAGAACACUAAAGUUAAUCCUGAUGGAAUUACAUUUUUGGGCCUACUCUAUGCCUGCAACCACAGUGGAUUGAUCAAAGAGGGUUUUAGAUUUUUCAAUAGCAUGACAGAAUAUUACAGGAUUGUACCAGGGGUGAAACACUAUGGAUGCAUGUUGGAUUCAUUAGCUCGGGCUGGCCGCCUUACUGAUGCUUUUAAGUUCUUAACGGAAUUGCCAAUUCCACCUACACUUUUACUUUGGCGGACAUUGUUAGCUGCUUGCAGCAUCCAUGGAAAUGUGGAUUUGGGGAAGCUGGUACUUGAGAGAAUCUUUGAACUGGACAAAUCACAUAGUGGCGAUUAUGUGAUCUUUUCAAACAUGUGUGCACGAGCUGGGAAGUGGGAAGAAGUGAAUUACAUCUGGAAAUUGAUGAAAGAAAGAGGGAUUAAAAAAAUUCCUGGAUGUAGUUCGAUAGAGGUUAACAAUGUACUACAUGAAUUCUUCUCUGGGGAGGUUACGUGUAUUGAGCACAGGGAACUGCACCAGGAAGUUGACAAGUUAAUCGAGAAAUUGAAAUUGGUUGGUUAUGUUCCUGAUACAUCUAUAGCUUUUCGUCCCGGCCUAAACGAUGAAGAUAAAGAAGCUACUUUGAGGUACCACAGUGAAAAAUUGGCAAUUACUUUUGGUCUUCUUAAUAGUCCACCCGGAAAAACAAUCCGUGUUGUUAAGAACCUUAGAAUCUGUGGGGAUUGUCAUUCAGCUGCGAAAUUCAUAUCACUUAUCUUUAAACGAAAUAUUAUUAUUAGAGAUUUGCAUAGAUUUCAUCAUUUUGAAGGUGGAAACUGUUCUUGUGGGGAUUUUUGGUGACAAAUGAUCGAUAUGCACUCUUGCGAGAGGAAACCUCUACCACCUUCACAUUAAUGAGUUUCAUCAAUUUUGAAGGUGGAAAAAGUUAUAUUGGGUAGUUUCGGUUACAUGAUUGAUGGAAUGCUCACUAGCGAGACCAAGCCUAUACAAUCUUAACACCAACUGGAGACAAUGCAGAAUUUUCUUGUGAUAAUUGGGUAUUCUCAUCAAUCAUCAUAAUAGUUUAUCGUUCAGAUUUGUUUGCUAGUGAAUGCUGGUGAAAAGCAAACCCGAGGAUAUUCAUUUCUUCUUAGCAUGCUUCCGACACUUCUCUGUGAUUGAGAGUCAAAUCAAGAAUGGCUUCAUUUGGCGCAUGCUCAUUGUCCAGAUAAACCUGUUAGAGGGACGUAGCCGUGUGUUUUUCACAUGAUUUUACUCUUUUGGCAUGACGAGAACUUAAGCAGAGUUUGGUGAUACUUUCCAUCCGCACACUGUGGCCACCAGCACUAUGUGAUCAAAAGCUAAGUUGUUGUUAUUCAACUACUGGAAAGCCAACACUUGACUUUGGCGUUCAUGGACUUCGACCAAAUUACGACAAUGGCUCCUAUCCAUCAAGUUGUGAUAACACAAACCUCUAUGAUGAAACAGAGCUUCUCAAGCACUCCCAAGUUUCAACCAGUGAAGUUCCUUUUUGAAGGGAGGGCCUCUACAUUAAUGUAUCCUGCACAGAUGAAAACCAAUUAUAUAUAGGUCGGAAGACUGGUCAUCUGGAGAUCUGGACUAACUCUGCACAUGAAAAUUUAUGUCGGUGCAGAUCAAAGACCUGAUAAGUAGCAUGCAAGAGAACUGGCCAACGCUAGCCUGUCUAAGAAAUAAAGGAACAAAAUUCUGGUCACACGAAUGGCACAAACAUGUUACCUGUUCCCUUUCUACUCUAGAUGAGCAUUCUUACUUCAA